UUGACAAUAGGGGUUCAAUCUACCCACCAGCCCUCAAGCUAGAAGUAUCAGGAUCUGAACUAUCUGAGGUUGCAGUCAAGGAGGAGCUGAGAUCCUCCCGUGGGCCUGUGCUGGAAGCUGCUCCUCACAUAUAAAGCGCUUCCCAAUGCCGGAGGAAACAGUGAAUCACAGCUUCAGAAGAGGGAGUCGAUCUCUCUCACAGUGCUCUUCAACCACCAGCUGCUCAGUCAAAGUCAUCUCUCACUGCGCCUUUACUUUGAUUUAGAUUCAAAACGGAAAGAAAAUCUCCAGGUCACAUUCGCGCCAGAGAAACAAAGUUUGAAUUAAAGGGGAAGGUGAAGUUUUGAGAGCGCACAUGGCUGCUUUGAUAAGCGCGUAUUCGUCCUGGCCGGAGAGCUUUGAGUGCUCUGCGGGAAACGCGGACGUACCUGACGGACACACCUCUCACAGAGCUCCCGCGGACAAGGUGUCGGAGCCGCGCAUCAGGAGACCCAUGAACGCCUUCAUGGUGUGGGCCAAAGACGAGCGCAAGAGACUCGCAGUGCAGAACCCAGACCUCCACAACGCCGAGCUCAGCAAGAUGCUGGGAAAGUCAUGGAAAGCUUUAACUCCACCGCAGAAGAGACCGUACGUGGAGGAAGCGGAGCGUCUGAGGGUUCAGCACAUGCAGGACUACCCCAAUUAUAAGUACCGUCCCCGUAGGAAGAAGCAGCUGAAGCGCAUUUGUAAGCGCGUGGACCCCGGCUUCCUCCUGACCACACUCGGCCCGGAAAACUCCCUCCCGGAUCCUCGCUGCUGUCACCCCCUGGAUAAAGACGACGAGAGCGGUGUGAGUGGCGGCUUCGGUUCUCCAAGCGCAGCUCUACCCGGCGUCAGGGUCUUCAGAGAUCCCGCCAGUUCCAACAGCAGCUUCGAUACGUACCCGUACGGCUUGCCCACGCCACCUGAGAUGUCGCCUCUGGACGCCGUGGAUCAUGAACACCAGUCCUACUACUCGUCCUCCAGCUCAGUCUCCACCAGCUCCUGCUCGUCUUCCGCCUCUUGCCCAGACGACAGGCGUCCCACGCCGGCGCACAUGAGCAGUCCACCCCCUUACCAUCCCGAUUACUCCCAGCAGGCACCUCUGCACUGUGGUCACAUCCAGAUGUCCCACCCGGGAAGUGGGGCGACCUUUAUCCCAGCACAUCCACUGUCCUAUUACAGCCCUUCGUUCCCACAGGUUCAGAUCCAUCACGGGCACCAGGGGCACCUCGGCCAGCUUUCACCCCCUCCAGAACAGGGGCACCUGGAGGGUCUGGACCAGCUGAGCCAGGCUGAAUUGCUGGGUGAGGUCGACCGAGAUGAGUUCGACCAGUACCUAAAUUCCACCAGUUAUCACCCUGAGCAGGGUGGGAUGACAGUCACGGGACACAUCCAGGUAACGCCGGCUUCCGUUUGCUCGAGCAGCGCUACGGAAACCAGUCUCAUCUCCGUACUGGCCGAUGCCACGGCAGCCUACUAUAACAACUACAGCAUUUCAUAAA